GGGAACACAAAGAGGGGGCCAAAUGCUCCCCUCAUAAAUCAUCGCUCUCUGGCUUUCCCAUUAUCGAAAAACUAUCUUCUAUUUCUUUUCCAUUCAUUGUUGAUUUAUAUUUUAUUUUCUCUUUGAUUUCAGAACACUCUCAAAUACAAAAACAGAGGGCCCAAACUACCAUAUCCCCAUAAACACCAUAUAAGCAUGAGCACCUCAUCCGCUUCCUCUCGCAAGGCUCUUAGUAAGAUUGCUUGUAAUCGCCUGCAAAAAGAGCUGGUAGAGUGGCAGGUCAACCCUCCCUCCGGUUUCAAGCACAAAGUCACCGAUAAUCUUCAAAGGUGGGUAAUUGAAGUCAAUGGAGCUGCGGGAACUCUGUACGCCAAUGAAACUUAUCAGCUUCAGGUGGAUUUCCCUGAACAUUACCCUAUGGAAGCCCCCCAGGUGAUAUUUCUUCAACCAGCACCUCUCCAUCCACAUAUUUACAGCAAUGGUCAUAUUUGUUUAGAUAUCUUAUAUGAUUCAUGGUCCCCAGCCAUGACUGUUAGUUCUAUCUGCAUCAGCAUUCUCUCCAUGCUAUCAAGCGCAACUGCGAAGCAAUGUCCUGAAGACAAUGAUCGCUAUGUAAGGAACUGUAGAAACGGUAGAUCUCCGAAGCAGACCAGGUGGUGGUUCCAUGAUGACAAAGUUUAAUGGCAUUAGCAUCUUCGUGCAGCAACUAAGUCUAAUAAUAAUUAUAUAUUAGACAAACAGAUCCCACUUUUAAGGAGAAUGCAUUCUUCGAACCUUUGUUAACUCCUGUAAAUGAUUAUAUUCUGGUAUUUCUUAAGAGAAAGAUAAAAGAUGAGAUUUCCAUUAGCAACUUGUAAGGAACAAAGCUCUCUCAAUUAAUGGUGUUUAACCCAUGUGAAAGAUGUUUGGUGCACUGUAAGCACUAAGAACAUGAAUGAGAAACCGUAUCUUUC